UUUUGCAUGUUGACGACACUGCUAUUUAGAUAUUGGCGCCAACAAGUAACAUAUUAAACUCGAAGAAUAUAAUCUCGAUAAAUUUACUCAAUAUAAGACUUUUUUUAUACAGUUAUACUUCUUGAUUAGAUUAUUAAUUUAUGUGUCAAAUUACUUUGCUGAAUUGUGUGAAAUCAAGUUACAUGAAUUCAUCUGUCGUGACAUGCUAAUAACAAGUGGCAAGAUAUAUCCUGGUUCUCUUUCUUAAAACAAUUAUUUACAAAAGUGACUUCCACACAAUAUGUGUACAGCAGCAAAAAUAAGAAAAUUAGAUGAAGUUGUGGUGAAUAGAAUCGCAGCUGGAGAGGUAAUCCAAAGGCCAGCAAAUGCAUUGAAAGAAUUAAUAGAAAAUAGUCUGGAUGCCAAAGCCACAAAUAUACAAAUUACUGCAAAAGAAGGAGGUUUAAAAUUAUUACAGAUACAAGAUAAUGGGACUGGUAUUCGUAAAGAGGACAUGGAAAUUGUAUGUGAAAGAUUUACAACAAGCAAAUUGCAAAAGUUUGAAGAUCUUGGUACACUGACAACAUUUGGAUUCCGAGGAGAAGCUCUAGCUAGUAUCAGUCAUGUAGCUCUUCUCAGUAUUAUAACAAGGACGGCAGAUGAAAAGUGUGCUUAUAUGGCAACAUAUCUUAACAGCAAGUUAAAGGCACCUCCAGCACCAUGUGCUGGAAAUCAAGGUACUAUAAUAAAAAUAGAGAAUUUGUUUUAUAAUGUAGCAACUCGAAGGAAAGCUUUGUCAAGUUCAUCAGAGGAAUUCACUAAGAUUACGGAAGUAGUAAUGAGAUAUGCUGUACAUAAUCCAACAGUAGGAUUUACAUUAAAGAAAUUUGGUGAGACAAGUCCACAGGUUCGGACACCACAUAAUUCAACAAAGCAAAGUAACAUAAGAAUAUUGUAUGGCAAUCCAGUUGCUCGUGAAUUAUUGGAGAUUGAGCUCAACGAUGAGACUUAUAGAUUUAAAAUGCAUGCUUUAGUAACAAAUCCAAACCACACAAACAAACGGAUGGUGAUGCUUCUAUUUAUUAAUAAUCGUCUGGUUGAUUCUUCUUCUAUCCGUAAAAUGUUAGAAGAAGUAUAUACCGUCUAUCUCCCGAAAAAAGCCUAUCCGUGGUGUUAUAUAUCUCUGGAAAUCAAUUCACAGAACAUUGAUGUUAAUGUACAUCCAACGAAACACGAAGUCCGAUUCCUUCAUGAAGAUGCGAUAAUCGAAAGGAUCAAAUUGGCUCUAGACGAAAGACUAACCGGUAGCAGUGCAUCCAAAACAUUUUAUUUGCAAGCCAGAUUACCAAAAGCAGACAUCACGAAAGACGUUCUAAAAGAAGUAUUACCAGAAUAUAACAAAGGAAAUCCAGAUAAAUCGAAAAAAGUUUAUGCUAGAGAGCUGAUUAGGACAGAUUCGUCAGACCAAAAGCUAGAUAAAUUUAAUUUCACCAUACAUUCUGCCUUCAAACAUGGCAAAAGUGACGAUUCUGUCAUAGAAAAAUCAAUACAUAAUUUAGAACUUCAACCUCUUAAUUCGGAAGUUCCGCCAAAAACUAAUAUACCUAACAUUAUGAAGGAAAAUUUAUUUGCCGAUGAGAAGUGUCAAAAGAAAAAGGAUGAGCCGAAUUCAAACUCGACUUUUACAGAACAGAAUUCUGCAUCCUUAGAUAUUGAAAAGACUCCACUUAAUCAAACUACAACAAAUUGGUGUGAUAUAAUAGAUAAUAUAACUCAAUCAGAAACGCAAAAUACUUGCAACCCGAGUGCCACUAUACAGAAUAUUGAAUCGAAAAAUACUUGUCCAGAGGACGCUAUGGAUAUUUCAGAAAUUCUAUCCGAUUUAAAUGAAACAACGAAUAAUUCUGUAGAUGAUGUAGCUGUAGACACUAUAGCCGAUAAGGCUCGUAAACAAGUAUAUCGGUAUUUUGGAAAUUUAGAUACCAAUGACAGAAAGAAAAAUUUAGAAGAACAAGAGAAGAGAAUUACGGAAAAUACAGAUAAUAAAGAAGAAGGUGAAUGUUCAGCAUUUAGAGUAAAUCAGCCACAAGAUACAUCUCCAACUGAGAGCAUCUCCAAUAAUAUUGAUGAAUCUGAGAAGUCUGAAAGGCUAUUUAAGUCAUAUUCUAUAAAUAGUUUUAGACACGACGUAAAAUUAACCAGUAUCUUGCAAUUACGAAAAGAAAUUGAAGAUGAAUGUCAUGAGGGACUGAGAGAAAUCCUGUCUAAUUUAACAUUUGUUGGAUGCAUUAAUCAAACUUCAGCUUUAAUACAGAGUGGAGUAAAUUUGUAUAUUUGCAAUACCAAGAAAUUAGCGGAAGAAUUGUUCUAUGAAAUUAUGCUUUAUGACUUUGCGAAUUUUGGCAUUUUUAAGUUUUCACAACGGAUAUCAUUGUUUGAACUAGCAAUGAUUGCUUUAGAUUCAGGGGACACUGGAUGGUCGGAGGAAGAUGGACCAAAAGAAGAAUUAGCAAAAAGUGUAAAAGAAUUGCUUUUAGAAAAAGCAGAUAUGUUGAAUGAAUAUUUUUCGAUCGUUACCGAUAAAGUUGGAAACUUAAGAUCGUUGCCUAUAUUACUAGAUAAAUACUUUCCGUAUGAAGCAGAAAUUCCAUUAUAUAUAAUGCGACUAGCAACGGAAGUUAAUUGGAAAAAGGAACAACCGUGCUUCCAAAAUAUUUGUAGAGAAACGGCAAAAUUUUACAGCUGUAUCAAUCCCAAAGACGAGACGCACGAUUGGAAAUAUAUAACCGAACAUGUCUUGUACCCUGCAAUUAAAGAGAGUCUACUUCCUCCUAAACACUUCGCUCACGAUUCGACAAUAUUACAAAUAGCCAGUUUACCUGAUUUGUAUAAAGUAUUUGAAAGAUGUUAAAAUAUACCAUCCCAAAA